CAAAUAAGUUUAAACAAGUGAGUCUUAAGAUUUUUCUUGAAAGAUGCAAGACUAACAGACUCCUUGGUCGAGAGGGAAGCGAGUUCCACAAAAGCGGGGCUCCAUUGGAGAAGGAUCGAAAACCCGCAGUCUUGUUGGUAUUCCCUGACUGAACACUCGGUCGUUCAAGUCUGAAGUGGGCUGCUGAACGAAGGUUCUGCUGAGGUUGGUAACGGCGAAUGAGUUCUUGUAGAUAGACAGGCGCAAGGUCGUGAAGACAGCCAUAUGUCAAGGUUAACACUUUGUGCUCAAUUCUUUUCUCCACAGGAAGCCAAUGUAGGUCACGUAGUACAGGAUUAAUGUGGUCAGUUGUUUUCUUUCGUGCAACUAUCCUAGCAGCCGUAUUUUGCACUCGCUGAAGCCUCGACAACUCAUUCUUUGAAAUCCCACAGAGGCAGAGAAAAGGCUAGCAUUGACUAUGCGUACUAUUACAGGAAGCAGAAUGUCAAGGUGCUGGAGAACAACACUAGUGGGAAUAGGAUCAUCUACAGACGUGGUUGGGCUACAACGCCGAACUAAUUUCAGUAGUUUAUCUUCUGUCACUGGCUGAAAGUUAGAGAGGGGCGUGCCACAAAACAAGUCACACAGUAUCAACCGAGUCACUGAAACUGUUAUAAUGGUCUGUAUCUUGUCUUCAAAGUAAGCACUUAAUGUACUGGCAGCAGUCUGGUCAUCCAUCUCUGGAAGAAAAGGCGCCAUCGCAUCUUUACCCAGGAGACCAUUCACAACUGAAAACAUCUUGCGAGAAUAAGACGAAUGCAUUAACUAGGUCGACGAUCAAGUACUCGACAUUAAAGAAUAGGAAAUCGGAGAUGCAGUUCGGGAUUAAAUGUGAUGCUGUUCGGGCAGACUUCCUUGAUCCAUAAUUCUUCUAGUGUUGGCAAUUAGCAUUCUAUGGGUGCUGCUGUCGUCUGCACUUUCCAUUUUUGUUUUACGUCAUUUAAAGUCGUACUCAUUCUCAGAAAAGAAAAACAAAAUAUUUGAUUUUGCUGCUUCAAUUGAUUCCUUUUGUAUGUAGUAUGUUAAAGAAUUAGCUCUUGUAAACUAUUUUUCCUUUCUAUAUUUUACGUCCAAAGCAUGUUCCUUGGUGACGUAAACACUGCCGCAAACAUAUACCGUUGCCAUCAUGGCGUCUGAGAGAGAACUCUUAAAAACAAGAUAAUGUAUUUUUCUCUGAAUACUUGCGAAAAUUAAUUCUGCGCUCAGGAGAGAUAAAUAUGCUUUGUGUUAUCUUCUAACCCUAAUUCACUAAAUCUGGUCAUGAUACUUUUAUCUGAAACACAUGCAACUCAGUCAAAAUUCGCCUAUGAUGUUCGGCCUGAUGGGAAAGUGUAUAUCCUACAUCCGCGAACGUCGAGCGCCGAAGAAGCCAGUUACUUUAGCUUUGCUGGGAGUGGAUAAUUCUGGCAAAACUACAGCCUCAUUCAGUUUUGCAGGAGAGCCUAUUGACAAGGAAGUCCCUCCAACUGUGGGAUUUCGGAAUGUUAACUUUAUAUUUAAGACCUACAAGGUUACUUUAUAUGAUUUGGGUGGUGGGAAAAACAUCAGGCCUAUCUGGAAGACCUACUUUCCAGAGGUAUAUGGAGUUAUAUACCUUGUAGACUCAAGUACCCCAGAGCGCAUUAAUGAAGUGCGAGAUGUUUUCCGUGAAAGCCUUGAGCAUCCAAAUAUCUCUGGAAAGCCUGUUCUCUUAUUGGCCAACAAGCAGGACAAACCGAAUGCCCUUGAUGAGGUGGACAUUUGUGAGCAGCUUGGUGUGGAAUCUGCUGUUAAUGCCAACAAAUGUCCUUGUCGCAUGGAGGCCAUUUCAGCUUGGGGAGGAACUGGUAAGAAGAUGGAUCCCUGCAUGAGGGCAGGCCUCAAGUGGCUGCUGGCUACUGUGGAACUCCACUGGGAUGAGCUGAAGGAGAGAGUGGAGAAAGACAUGAAGGAUGCAGAAGAACAGCGCAAGAUCGAGGCCGCAGCAAAACGUGAACGUGUUCGCAAACAAAAGGAAGAGAGGGAAAGACAGGAAGAAGAGGAGAGAAAAAGGUUGGGUAUUGUAAAAAAGGAUAGUGAUGAUGAGGAGCCAAUUAUUGGUGACCCUUUCAAGCCUCUUGACCUUAACGAGUUGACCAAAAAGGAAGAAACAUUAAAGGCAGAAAAGAAGCACAGAAAAGAAUUGGAAGCACAGCUAAAUCAGAAAGAGGCUCAGAACACCAGAACACUACCCACACAUCAAUCUCAAAACAUUGAUAUUCCUGCAAUCAAUGUCUCAGCUGAUUCCCUUGCUAGAGAUGAAACUGGAAGACUUUUCAGCCCCAGAAUACGUGGGUCAGCCUUGCCUCCUCUAGAACCUUUGGGUACACCAUUUUUAGAUGGUGUUCAAGAAAAGAAGAAGCGAAAGAAAAAAAUGCGGUCACACCUUCAGCAGCAUAGCCAGCAGCCACAGAAAGAAAAUGUUAAUGAAGUUGAUAAAGAUGAUAACGAUGAUAUCAUCAUACCCACGCCAGGAAGAGAUUCAAGCCAACAGUCACAAGAAGAUCUAGCGGAGCAUUCCUUAAGGACUGCAUCAAAUAUCAAGGUGUCUACUCAUGAUGACUUCCCAUCUCGUCAGCUCCUAGCAGCUGGUAUAUCACGCAUACCCAGCUCUCUAGAUGGUGGAGACUCAGAGACUGCAGACUUGCCGAGAAAACGUAAAUCAAAAAAGAAAAAGUUUCGUUCCCACAUUAGUAAAGAUGGAGAUGAAAGCAAUCAGAAAAUCCCACCAGAAGGAGAACUACCUCUUCAGUCUCUUGAAAAAGAUGGAGAUAUAAAUAGCUCCUUGCAACAGGUACAGUCUUUAAAAUCCAAGAGAGAGCAUUUACCUCCAUAUGAGGAAGUUAAAAUUAAGAUGCCCACACAUUCAGCGUUGGAUUCUAGUCGAAGUCAGAAUGGACUUCCCAGAGGAACAAAACUGUCACGUAACUCACAGAUGCAUAGCAACACUUCAUUUGGAUCAGACUAUGCUGGCAGCAGGACAUGGGGACUUGCAGAAGAGCUACCAGCAGUUGAUAAUGACACUGUAGUAUUCAAACAGCCCAAUUUCAUUAGUGAUGUUGACUGAGUGCUGCUUCAAAUUCACUAGUCAUCGUAAAUUGAAAGUGAUUUAUGUGUAUCUACAUGAGUUACAAUUUUUACACUUAUUUAUGAAUUUUAUACUAGAGUGGAAGACUUAACUGUGGCUUAUGUGGAAUAUAAGGGGUUUUUACUUGCUUAGUAACCAGUAUGUUUGAAAGAUGUCAAUCUUCGGCUGACAUUUUUUAAAGGGCUACAGAAUAAUCUUCACACAGUUUUUCUCUCUGUUCAUCUAGCAUUGCUGUGGCUAGGUUUUUUUUAAAAAUUUUGUUUAAUUUUUUAUUGGAGGAGAAUGUGGAUGAUUAUAAUUAUAUAUUUUAAACUCUAUUUCUUUUCUAAAUUAAUAUUAAAUUUAUUAAGUUCAAUUUAAGAGAAAUUUUAACAUCUAUAUAGUCUUUGAAUACUGUUAAUGUUUUACUUUUAAUUCUUUGUAUAUAAAAUAUACCUACUGGUAAAGUUGUCAGGGUGUAGUGUUGAUGCUAGACUCUUUUAGCAGAGCAUAAAAACUGCAUUUCUAAGUGACCCUAAACUUUUUGAUUACACCUUAUCAUACAGCUUACACCAGUUUUAUUUUUUAAUGUUUCAAGGUUUCCCCAGUCUUUUGUGUAACCUUGUUGAAUCUCUUGUAAAGACAGUUUCUGCCAUAGUUUUUAAUUUGUAUUAUGAGCUUGGCUUUUCAGAUGUAUGUACACUUGAUGUAACAAUUUUUUUUCUGUUGAAGUAAAAAAAAAUUGAGAGAGAUUUUUUUUAUGUAAUUGAUAUACUGAACUACAUUUUAGCAGGGACAAAUAAACCUAUGCUACAGCAAAUUAGGAAAAAAUAAGGCAGUCAUUUUCCUUUUUCACACACAUGCACAUGUACAAUUAGAUUGAUAAUAGAAAAAUAGAUAUUAAAGAAAACUGAGAAAGUCAAGUGAAAGGACUUUAGCUCAAAAAUCACUUGUCAUUUGCCAUGGGAAAUUUUCCCAGCAUUAUUUCUGAUGAAAAAGUUGUUGAAUAUUAUGCAACUAUUUUUAGACAUUUAUGCUUGUAGGUGUUGUUGGGUAGUGUAAACAGUGAUAAAAUAGUUUUUAAAUGACCAAGAUGUCUUUGUUGUUUAGUUACUUUAGAUAGUGUAAUUAAGGACAAAGGGUUUGAGUUUUUACCUGUAGAUGUGUAUUGUGUGUGUACGUGUGCUUGUGAGCGCUUCUGUAUAUUAUAGUGUGUACAAAGGUUGGGGGGAGAAAAGAUGCUACAGCAAAAACCAUUAGGACUGACCAACAAUCAGCCCUUUAUAUGAUAUUGUCGGUUACAAUUGAUGUGUUGAUAGAUGUACGCAUUUUUAUAGUGUGCGUAUCGUUUGAAAUGUGAUUCAGGUGCUGAAUGUAUACAUCUUUGAUCCACAGAAACACUUUUCUCUUUAGAGAUGAUAUGUCGAUCAGAUCUCUUUUCUACAUUUGUAUUUAAUGUCUGAAAUGGUUCCUUUCUUAGUCAAAUAAUUUUUUUAAUUAUUACUUGAUAGGCCAGUUGUCAAAAUUAUCUUACUAGGUAGUUAUUAGGUAGAAAAAGUGUUUGAAUAAGAAGACAAAAUCAGACUGUAAUUCAAGAGAAGCCAGUUCAUCUGAUGUUUUGUUAAGCCCCGAAUAUCAACGACAGACAAGGCCAAAGACACUGGAUACCCACAGAGAUACAGUGUAAUUAGACGAAGGACCUGGCAUUGCUGCAUACUGUGAUAUUUUUUCAGCUUGCAGACGUAUUUUUUUCUAAUUGAUAUAUCUAUAAAAUCUCCAUAUAACUUGGCUCACGUUCCAUAUUUGUGGGUCACUGUGACCAGUUUACUCUCAUGAGACCGUCGUUCUUUGAAUACUAGAAGCAUGAGAAGUUCAUGGGUGAAUAGCAGUCCACACCUUUCUCUCCCCAACCCAUUCUCUCUUUCUCUCGUGCUUUUGUAAUGGGACACAUAUUGUCGGGUAUGUGACUCUUUGGCAGUCUAUAACCAUUGUCAAAAUAUUCGCCAACAAUAUUAGCAUAUUCGGCAGUGUGUGCAAGAACUUUCGUAUCGAGUAAUGAAAGUAUGUUAUAGGUAGGACGAUCACCCGUGGAACUGUGUACCGUUAAUGGAUUGCCUUUAACCAUACGGGUGAUAUAUAUAUUUUACGUUUUUUAGUUUUGUUUUUAUUUUUGCAUUUGUUUUUAUAUUAGUUGUUUGGUGUGUGGAGCUAUGCUCCGUUAAUGAACUGGGUGGAAGGGAUAUUUUGGUUUUUGCAUCAUUCUAUAUCAAUGACAGGUGUGGAGGCUAAUGAAUUGCCUUUAAUGAUUCGGGUAAUAGGAAAAUAUAGGUCUUUUAUUUUUUAGUAUCUUUUUUGCAUCGGUUAAAAUGUGUCCAUCUGGGGUAAGCAGACGGAAGAUGCGGAGUGGCAUCACCUUAUCUGCAUAGCUCCGCCUGCGGGUGCGCCAUGUUGGUAGGCCGUCGACUGGUUACUCUAUAAGAAAGCUUUGCUUUUAACUCUGUUGCAGUUUCCUGCAGAGCAAGAAAUUCCAGCUGUACAGAGUUAAUUCGGAAUAAACACGUGGCGCGAGGCCACAGGCAAGUCUGUUUGCGGUGUGCACAUGCGCAGUAUUAAAUCUGCCUAAUGUGCAUUGAAUGUCGGAGUUAAUGUAAGUUCGUGACUGGAAGCAAUGCGGGAUCGGAUAAUUGUAAACAGGCGCAGACCAAAGGUGGUCUGAUGAUGGUCACGUCUUGUCCCAUAGCUGCCAUGUCUAGACACGCCCUGAUACUCUAGUGGAUAAGACUUGGAGAAUUUUCAAAGGCAACGAGAUACUGCUGCCCCCACCCGCCGACCCUAAUUACGACCCCCGCUUAGCUGUGCACAUUGAGGGAGCAAACAGGGACGAGCCUGCUGUGUGUUUAGCAUAGAAGGAUACAGUUUGACAGCUUAUCAGCUUUGGGAAAAAAUUUUUAAAUUGUCCUCGUGAUACUCUGUCAUGCAGAGCUCAGUUUUUUUUAAAACAAAUUGUAAUAUCAAAAUGUAUAUCUUUGUUAUGAAAAUGAGAAAUGUGUUGCGAAAAAAUGUGUAUGUAAAGUAUUUUAAGUCUCGUCACUUAGUACUAAUCUCUUGAAAUGUGUUGUUUCUCAUUUGCUCAUGCCGCUGGAGUAACACAAACAUGGGAGGUGGGAUUGGGUGUGUGAGGGUUGAAGGGGAAUAGCAAGUGUUCCCGUCUGAUGUUAUCACACUGUGUUCGUUCGUUAUACAUAUCAGAAAUAAAGCCAGUCUUGCUCAUCCUACGUGGUUUUAUGUGUAUGUAUUAAGAGCUGUUAGAAUUAUGCUUUGCCGUAUUUGAAGAGGAAAUUUUAGUUUAAAGUUCGACAAUUCUUUGUGGGUAACAAUAAAGGACGAGGACGAGUGGUUGGACAGGUGGUAGUUGUUUUGAAAUGAUGGUCUUUUUUAAAAAUCGCAAACGGAGAUUAACACAUCAUCACACUCCUUGUUCUGAUCUUAAUUAGAUGAUCAGCUUACAUCAACAAAGCUGAAACCAAUGUCACAUCUGUUUUCUACCCAGUCGAACCAUUCUAGAAUAGAUCAUUUGUCCUUUCCUUCUCCCUAUUCUCAUGUAACGUGUUUUAAAACCAGUGUACUUAGCAGUUUAUAUAAGUUGGUGGAUAUAGUUUAUUGCUGAUGAAUUUAUAGCUUACUUGCUGGUAUCACGAACAUUUGAAGAAUAGAAGAGCGGAGAGAAUAGAGUCUAUGGUAGCUCAAACCGCAUCAGCUGCGUGGGUCGUUGCCAUGGUUUCUAGAUGUGGUAUUAGGGAGUUUGUUUUGUUUUCUUCUUGUUGUUGUUUUGUUUUGUUUUGUUUGGUUUUUUUUUUCACAAAGGCAUGACAGAAAUUUUACUAGGAUUGAGAUGGAAUUGUGAUAUUCGACGCGAAAUACAAAAGUUCACUGUGUGAUCCUGAUGAAUUGUUUAUCCUGUUCACUUAAUCAUUGUCAACUAAUGAAACAUUAGCAGAUACAACUAGAAAGCUGACUCCUUCUUGCACAUUCAAAUGCCUCUUGUGCAGUCCUAACAAUUCCUAUUGAAAACCGCUUUUUAGUCACGAGGCGAGGACGGUUGCCAUCUAAAAUAUCGACAUGUGCCGGUGUCAUGUGCUCAGACAUCCCCCUUGCCUCAGAAAUCCGCCUCUGUAAUGCGCAUGCGUCAUAAUUAGAUGCCCAGCAAGUAAAUAGAAUCAAAAAACAAAACUUUUAGAACACUCCACAAUAUCAAAAGCGAUUUGCUGGUUAUAUUUGAAAUCGUGCACGUGUCCAACAUUAAGGGCUUCCUGGGGCAGUGUCUUACGGGGAUUAUAGAGGUGGAUUUCUGGGGUUAAGGGGGAUUUCUGAGCGCAUGACCCCGGUUAUGGUCCCCUCCUAACACUUGACAGGCAGUUGCACAUUAUUAAAAACAGUGUGUUGUUAAAGGUGUGCUUUGAAAUAUGAAAUGAAAGAUUUUUUUGAACUCGA